AUGUCGACUACCCCGAUCAUUGAAAGCGUUCGGCGUCUGGUUGCCCAGGCUGUGGAGACCGCAAGGACCGAUGGAGUGGUCCGCCUGGAAACCAUGCCUGACAUCCAGGUGGAGCACCCUGGAAAUCCCGAACACGGCGACUUUUCCACCAACCUGCCAUUGCGGCUGGCCAGGGCUACUCGCAUAAAUCCUCUGGAACUGGCGCAGGCUCUGGUGGCACGUACGCCGGAAAGCGAUCCGAUUGCUCAGGUAGAGGCAGCCCCUCCCGGGUUCAUUAAUUUUCGUCUCAAGGACACAUGGCUACAGGACCAGGUCGAGGAAGUUAGGCGUGCCGGGGCAGCCUUUGGCAACUUGGACAUCGGCGGCGGUCGCAAGACAAUGGUGGAGUUUGUCAGCGUAAACCCCACCGGACCGGUCCACGUGGGGCAUACUCGGGGCGCGGUGCUUGGCAGCGCAUUGGCUAAUGUCCUGGAGGCUGCUGGCUAUCAAGUAACCCGAUCCCCUAUGCCUUCCAAUGGGUAUAUGGGGGACUACAUUUCCGACUUGGCGAAGGAAAUCGCCCUCGCUGAAGGCGAGCGUUUCCUGAGUCAAGGGGAAGAACAGGCGAUAAGGGGAAUUGGCGACCUGAGUCGAGAGAAGAUGGUCGCCCUCAUCCGGCAAGAUCUGAGCAACAUCGGCGUUGAGUUCGACAACUGGUUUAGCGAACGAACCCUGUUCACAACCGGUGAAUACGAUCAGGCUCUGGAACAACUGCGGGAGCAGGGCUACCUUUCGCAGCGGGAAGACGCGCUUUGGUUCAAUUCGACCAUGCUCGGCGAUGAGAAAGACAAUGUCGUGGUGCGGUCCUCUGGCGAACCCACCUAUUUUGCCUCAGACAUUGCAUACCACCACAACAAGUUCAUCGGCCGCGGUUACGACUCCGUCGUCAAUAUCUGGGGUGCCGAUCACCAGGGGCAUGUGCCGAGAAUGAAGGCGGCCGUGGAAGGAUUGGGGAUUAACCCUGACCGGUUGACGAUCCUGAUUGCCCAGAUGGUCACCCUCAAGCGCGGCACAGAAGUGGUACGCGCAUCCAAGCGCACUGGCGACUUCGUUACGCUAAGUGAGCUGGCUGACGAAGUGGGAGGCGAUGCCUGCCGAUUCUUCUUCCUGUCCCGAACACCCUCGACGCAAAUGGAAUUCGACCUGGAACUGGCGAAGGAAGAAUCGUCCGAAAACCCGGUCUAUUACGUCCAGUACGCCCACGCCCGCAACGCCGGCAUCCUGAACCUCGCCCGUGAGCGUAAUAUUGAUUGGAGCAGAGGCGACGUCUCGCUCCUCACCCAUCCCAGCGAACUGGCCCUGGUGCGGCAUAUGCUACGGCUGCCGGAGCUGGUUCAGCAGAUGGCCGAGACACUGGAACCACACCAUCUCGCCCACUUCACAAUGGAACUCGCCACCGCCUUUCACGGAUUUUACGAAAAUUGCCGGGUCAUUUCUGCCAACCCCGAAGAUGCGGACGUUUCCCUUGCCCGUCUUAAGUUGGUGGAAUCGGCGCAGAUCGUCUUCCGCCGCUCCCUGGAACUCAUGGGCAUGAGCGCUCCCGAACGGAUGUAG